GCGAAGAUGGCGACGGCCUUGAGCGAGGAGGAGCUGGACAAUGAAGACUAUUACUCGUUGCUGAACGUGCGCAGGGAGCUUUAGGCUGCUGGCCAGCUCCCAUUACAUCAAACCAGAAUGUCUGUUGCUGUUUCCUUCAGGCCUCUUCUGAAGAGCUGAAAGCUGCCUACCGGAGGCUGUGUAUGCUUUACCAUCCAGACAAGCACAGAGACCCGGAGCUCAAAUCACAAGCAGAACGACUAUUUAACCUUGUUCACCAAGCUUAUGAAGUGCUUAGUGAUCCCCAAACCAGGGCCAUCUAUGACAUAUAUGGGAAGAGAGGACUGGAAAUGGAAGGAUGGGAGGUUGUGGAAAGGAGGAGAACACCAGCUGAAAUUCGAGAAGAGUUUGAGCGACUGCAAAGAGAGAGGGAAGAGAGGAGACUGCAACAGCGAACUAAUCCCAAGGGAACAAUCAGUGUUGGAGUGGAUGCUACUGACCUUUUUGAUCGCUAUGAUGAAGAGUAUGAAGAUGUAUCUGGAAGCGGCUUUCCACAGAUUGAAAUUAAUAAAAUGCACAUAUCCCAGUCCAUUGAGGCACCCUUGACAGCCACAGACACAGCCAUCCUCUCUGGAAGCCUCUCAACCCAGAAUGGAAAUGGAGGGGGCUCCAUUAACUUUGCUCUCAGACGAGUCACUUCUGCAAAGGGAUGGGGAGAGUUGGAAUUUGGAGCUGGAGACCUACAGGGGCCUUUAUUUGGUCUCAAGCUGUUCCGUAAUCUCACACCAAGAUGCUUUGUGACGACAAACUGUGCUCUGCAGUUUUCGUCCCGUGGAAUCCGGCCUGGCCUUACCACUGUCCUAGCUCGGAACCUGGACAAGAACACUGUGGGCUACCUGCAGUGGCGAUGGGGUAUCCAGUCGGCCAUGAACACUAGCAUCGUCCGGGACACUAAGACCAGCCACUUCACUGUGGCCCUGCAGCUGGGGAUCCCUCACUCCUUCGCACUGAUCAGCUAUCAGCACAAGUUCCAGGAUGAUGAUCAGACACGUGUGAAAGGGUCCCUCAAGGCAGGCUUCUUUGGGACCGUGGUGGAAUACGGGGCUGAGAGGAAGAUCUCCAGGCACAGUGUCCUGGGUGCAGCCGUCAGCGUGGGCGUCCCUCAGGGAGUCUCUCUCAAAGUCAAGUUAAACAGAGCCAGUCAGACUUACUUCUUCCCUAUCCACUUGACGGAUCAGCUUCUUCCCAGUGCUGUGUUCUAUGCCACCGUCGGGCCUCUCGUGGUCUACUUCGCUAUGCACCGUCUGAUCAUCAAACCAUACCUCAGGGCUCAAAAAGAGAAGGAAUUGGAAAAGCAAAGGGAAAGCACCGCCACCGACAUUCUGCAGAAGAAGCAGGAGGCAGAAGCUGCUGUUAGAUUGAUGCAGGAAUCUGUCCGAAGGAUCAUCGAGGCAGAAGAGUCCAGAAUGGGCCUCAUCAUCGUGAAUGCUUGGUACGGGAAGUUUGUCAAUGACAAGAGCAAGAAGAGUGAGAAGGUAAAAGUGAUUGACGUGACCGUGCCCCUGCAGUGCCUGGUGAAGGACUCAAAGCUCAUCCUCACAGAGGCCUCCAAGGCUGGGCUGCCGGGGUUCUAUGACCCAUGUGUGGGUGAAGAGAAGAACCUGAAAGUGCUUUAUCAGUUCCGAGGCGUCCUGCAUCAGGUGAUGGUGUUGGACAGUGAGGCCCUGCGGAUACCAAAGCAGUCUCACAGGAUUGAUACAGAUGGAUAAACUCCUUGAGAACCUGAUUAAAAAGAGGCUGCAAAAGAUCUUUUCCUGGGAUUCUACAAAUUUGGAAGCAGGGAAAAUACUCAGACAUCAGAUGUUUUUAUUAUAUUAUUCCUCUAGAAGGUGGUACCAUAACAAUUAUGUGAAGGGACACACAGAUAUCCCAGCUUUCCUGGGUGCUGUAGGUGGGAUGAAGGCAGCCCCAUCCUGGACCAGCCCGCAGCAUGGCCCGUGGCUGUCUUGCCAAGGAUCAUGUUUCCGGAGGGAAGGGCCCAGUGGCCUGGACUCCUCAGGGCCCCAGGCCCUCCAGCAUGUAUGCUGAUGCAGCGGCCACCCAGUAGUUCUCCGUCCUGUCUGGUGGUGUGUAUGGAACAUCCUGCCCUCACAUAGGACUGGGUACUACUUUCCCUAACAUCCACACUGAACAUGGGAAACAGAGGAAAGGAAGGAGGGAAGGCAUUUUCACAUGCCACAGCCUCCAGAUCAAGGGAGCGUCUGUGCUGUCGGCUUCCCACAAAUCACCUUCUGAUGAAAUAUUAUAAGUGAAUCUGGAGAGGAUUGUGGGUUUAUAAAACUGCUUUUUAUUUGAGAACAAACAGGUUUGGAAAUUAGUCUCUUUUUUCUCCCUCCCAGAGCUUCUCAAAUCAUUCCUCUGGCACCUGGCUGGGGACAGAAUGGUGUACUUCCCAAGCCCAGGGCCAUCCUUGUCAUGGGCCACUUCCCCUAUCCUGUGGGAAAAGGCCCUGCUGCCAGCAGAUGCAGAAUGACCCAUGUCCCUCUUGUCCAUAGCAGACGGUAGAGCCAGGACUGCCUAUGCCCACCACCUCUCCAGUGGGGUGCUGGGAGGAAGAGGAGGCUUGCAAGGGUGAAGGCUGAGAUGGGGGGAACAAUAAGACCAAGAGUCACGCUCGUGCCAAAUCCAAAGGUGUGGGCAUCAGGGCUGGCCCUGUUGUCCAUGCCUUGCUGGCAAGCACCCAGCAGGUGGCGCCGUGGCUCUCCACACAGAGCCAGGCCCAGCCCCUCCUCACUAGGACUUCUUUCUGGGGUGUGUCUCCAUUCUGAGACUUGUCUUCACUUGUUCGCUCUGUGGAUAAAGAAUGUUGUAGGAGCCAGUUCAGCUCUGAACAGCCUGGGGUGUCAGCUGUGGCAAACAGUAACCUGUGGAGCACAGGCCUGUACAUGGGUCUGGCCACUGGCGUGGUCACUUGCUCUCACUGACCCCUCUGAGCAGGGAUUGCUCAAGGCGUGAUGCCAGCUGGCCCUGGAGCCUGAGGGCCGCUCUUGGCCUCCACAUCUCCGGCUGUUGGUGAAAUCAGGUUUUGCUACUGGCACCGAAACCAGAAUGAUUGCUAAUAACCUCCUUCCUCCAGUUUUUAAAAGUAAUUCUGUAAUAUUUAUCUCCAUUUAAGAAAACAGAGAAAGCCUCUCUGCUCCAAUGACCGCAGGCCACGCAGGGACCAUCAUGAGCCUCUGCUUUGGGCAUGCCCCUCUGCGCCCUCGGCUGCAGGUGGUUCUUUUGGACACAGAUCUUUGUUUGAAGUUGACUGUACUGAGGCACUCUCUUACCAUAAUAAACCUUUCCUGAAAGCUGA